AUGCUGGAAGAUCUUGACAUCGAAUACAACACUAUUCAAUUCAAUGGCUCCUUUAUGGCCGAGAACAUCUACCGACAAGCAGCGUCUCCAGAAGUGGAUGCGGCCUGGGAAGCUCUGGGCGUGAACUAUCGCCCAGUAAGGAUCCCCGUCGAGAGGGCGCAAGAGGCAGGUCUCCGGAAAGACCACGUCCAAAUCGACCCUAGAUAUGGAGGCGGGUAUCCAGCCAACGUCGAGGGUCUGCACCAUCUGCAUUGUCUCAACCUCGUCCGACAAACCCUCUACUUCAACUACGACUACUACCGCGCCCUAGGCGACGGAGCCUUCAAGAAUAACGACAGCAUUGUGCGCCUACACGUUACACACUGCCUCGACAUCCUCCGCCAGCAACUCAUGUGCCACGCCGACGUCGGCGUCUUCGGCCAAGUAUGGUACCGGCCCUCCCCGGACGACGAGAUCCCAGCGCCGUUCGUCGAUUUCAACACGCCGCACAAGUGCCGAAACUACGAGGAUAUAAGGAAGUGGGCGGAGGUGCGACAGUUGCCGAGGGAUACGCCGGAAGACUUUCUGCUGCCGCCAGGGCCGGAUACCGUGGUUCUCGAUGGUGUGCCGUGA